AUGAUCAUAGAGCACGAAGGCAGGCUCGAGGUCGCGCGCGCCCUCCAAGCCCGACUGGACGCGGCCAAGCUGCACAUCGUCGAGGACCAGAACCGGUUUGACACGCUCCAGAGCGCCCUCGCGAAGGAUCCCGGGCUCGUCUCGGAGGGCGUGGCGGGCACCACCGAUCCCGCCAUCGUGGCCGCAGAGGUCGCGUCGCAGAUCGCGUUCCUGCGCAACCUGAAGUUCCAGUACCUGGAGCAGAAGGCGAAGGAUCAGUACGUGAAGACGAUCGUGAGCGACGAGGCGCCGAACAUCAACGCGGAGGACAACGAGCUGCUGCGCAUCGAGAACGACAGGAAGAAGGAGGUGCUCUCCGCCGCCAAAGCCCGGUUGGCGGAGAAGUACAGCGACGUACGCACGCUCGCGCCACUCGUCGAGCAAGACUACAACAAGGCGCGUGCCCUCACGCAGGAGGCGGCCGAUCUCGCAAGCAAGAUCCUCGACGCGCGCCUCACGCUCACCCGCCUGCGCCAGGCGCACCCGCACCCGCGCCUGACGAUCCCCGCCGCGAACGCGCAGCUCGACGCGCAGGUCGCGGAGAUGCAGGAGCUCGACGACGAGCUGCAGGCGCUGAACGCGCAGGUCGACGACGUCAAGGAGCGCGUGAAGGCUGGGGCGCGCGACGUCGAGCGGCUGCGCGUCGAGCGGGCGGAUGCGGAGAAGACCGCGAAGGCCGCGCAAGAGGAGGUCCAGGACGGGCGGGUCAUUGGGCUUUACGACUGGUACACGGCCUCGCUCGCGCUGUACCGCGCGCUUGUCUCCCUGGAGACCUCACACUCUGAGUCUGAGAAUGAGCUGCAUCUCACGUACGCGGUCGCGCCUCGGGGGACUAACGAACGCAGGAGUAUCUUCAUCAAACUGCUCUUCCUGCCUAAUUCGCGGCAACUGGCCGACGCACAGGUUGAAGGGCUGACGGAGGACCCCGGCGACGGCCUCGGUGCCCAUGUACAUGCGAACAACGUGCCCGGGCUCAUCGCUGCAAUGUUGACAAGGGCAAGGGCAGGUCUUUGA